UCCUCGUCCCCGUAAGGCUGCAGCAGCGGACCGGACACCGGGCACCGGGACCGGGAGCUGCCGGUCCGUCGAGCCUCCAGCAGGAUUAAAGUCUGUCACGACUCUCCGCGGCGCUGCGAGGCGCACCGGGACGCGGUUUGACUCGGUCCGUGGACCAACAUGCAACACCGGAGCCUGAAGUCUGGAGGAAACCUGCAAAGUUCCCAGGAGCUCUAGUCCUCCUCUAGUCCUCCUCUAGUCCUCCUCUAGUCCUCCUCUCUGUUUAUUACAGUAGUCCAGUUCUCCUGAAGCUCCGCUGCUGCUGGUUCCAGGAUGGAUGAUGCGCUUCUGUUCCGUCAGCCGGAAUCCGCUCCGUCCAGCCGGGACCCGAUCUGAGGCGCUCUGGAUCUCUGCCUCCUCCCGGACCACGGUCCCUCUAGUCCCUCUGGUCCCUAUAAUCCCUCUGGUCCCUCUAGCCCCUCGUACAGAGUCCUGGUAGAUGCUGCAGCAGACAUGAGUUUUGGAAACAGAUUUGUGCUCCUUUCACUCUUUCUUGGGAUUGUGUGGACUCGCCUCAGCUUCUGCAACCAAGUGGUGCUGCUGGAUACCACGUCUGUACUGGGAGAACUGGGAUGGAAGACCUAUCCCAUCAACGGGUGGGACGCCAUCACAGAGAUGGACGAGCACAACCGGCCCAUCCACACCUUCCAGGUCUGCAACGUGAUGGAGCCCAACCAGAACAACUGGCUUCGCUCCAACUGGAUCUCUCGGCAGGCAGCCCAGAAGAUCUACGUGGAGCUUCGCUUCACCCUGCGGGACUGUAACUCCAUCCCCUGGGUGUCCGGGACCUGCAAGGAGACCUUCAACCUCUUCUACCACGAGACCGACGAGGCCCACGGCGUCAAGUUCAAGCCGCCGCAGUACACCAAGAUCGACACCAUCGCCGCCGACGAGAGCUUCACCCAGAUGGACCUGGGGGACCGGAUCCUGAAGCUGAACACGGAGGUGCGGGAGGUGGGCCCCAUGACCAGGAAGGGCUUCUACCUGGCCUUCCAGGACAUCGGAGCCUGCAUCGCGCUGGUUUCAGUGAGGGUUUACUACAAGAAAUGUCCCUUCACGCUGAGGAACCUGGCCUCGUUCCCGGACACGGUGCCUCGGGUGGACUCGUCCUCGCUGGUGGAGGUGAGGGGGGCGUGCAUCGACCACGCCGAGGAACGAGACACGCCCAAACUGUUCUGUGGAGCUGAUGGAGACUGGUUGGUCCCACUGGGAAGAUGCGUCUGCAGCGUUGGCUACGAGGAGAUCGACGGCUCCUGUUCUGCGUGUCACCCCGGCUUCUACAAGGCGUACGCUGGAAACAUCAAGUGUUCAAAGUGUCCUCCGCACAGCUUCAGCUACGGAGACGGAGCGUCCGUCUGCCGCUGUGAGAAAGGAUUCUUCAGAGCCGAGAGAGACCCUCCGACCAUGGCCUGCACACGCCCUCCGUCUCCUCCCCGUAACCUGAUGUUUAACCUGAACGACACCUGUCUGAUGCUGGAGUGGUCCCCGCCCAGCGACACAGGGGGCCGCCGGGACCUCACCUACAACGUGCUGUGUAAGCGCUGCGGCCCCGAGCCGGACCACUGCCAGUUCUGUGACGAGGAGCUCCGUUUCCUACCGCGACCGCUCGGCCUCACCAACGCCACCGUCACUGUCACCGACUUCUCCGCUCACGCCAACUACACCUUCGAGAUCGAGUCCCUGAACGGCGUGUCGGACCUGAGCUCCUUCCCUCGCCAGGUCGCCAUCAUCACCGUCAGCACCGACCAGGGUGGUCCGUCUGUGGUCGGGGCUCUGAAGAAGGACUGGGCGUCUCCCAACAGCAUCGCUCUCUCCUGGCAGCAGCCCGAACAAUCAGCUCUACCAGUCCUCGACUACGAGAUCAAAUACUACGAGAAGGAACAUGAGCAGCUGAGCUACUCGUCGACUCGGACCAGAGCUCCCAGUGUGAUCAUCUCCAGUCUGAAACCAGCCACUUGGUACGUCUUCUCGGUCAGAACCAGAACACCAGCCGGCUACAGCUCCUACAGCCCCAAGUACGAGUACCGGACCACCGGAGACUCCUCAGACAUAGUUUCAGACCAGGGUCAGGUGUUGGUGAUCGUCACGGCGGCGGUCGGCGGCUUCACCCUCCUCGUCAUCCUCACCCUCUUCCUCCUCAUCACUGGACGGUGUCAGUGGUACUUUAAGGCCAAGAUGACGUCAGAGGAGAAACGGAGGACCACCUAUCAGAACGGACACGUCCCGUACCCGGGCAUCAAGACCUACGUGGACCCGGAUACGUACGAAGACCCGACGCAGGCCGUCCACGAGUUCACCAAAGAGAUCGACCCGUCCAGGAUCCGCAUCGAGAGGGUGAUCGGAGCCGGUGAGUUUGGCGAGGUGUGCAGCGGCCGUCUGAGGACUCCGGGGAAGAAGGAGAUCUCCGUGGCCAUAAAGACGCUGAAGGGCGGCUACGUGGAGCGGCAGAGGCGGGACUUCCUGCGCGAGGCGUCAAUCAUGGGCCAGUUCGACCACCCCAACAUCAUCAGGCUGGAGGGCGUGGUCACCAAGAGCAGGCCUGUGAUGAUUGUGGUGGAGUACAUGGAGAAUGGAUCUCUGGACUCCUUCCUGAGGCAACAUGACGGUCACUUCACCGUCAUCCAGCUGGUGGGGAUGCUGCGUGGCAUCGCGUCGGGCAUGAAGUACCUGUCAGACAUGGGCUACGUCCACCGAGACCUGGCCGCCAGGAACAUCCUGGUCAACAGCAACCUGGUGUGUAAAGUGUCCGACUUCGGCCUGUCCCGAGUCCUGGAGGACGACCCGGAGGCCGCCUACACCACCACGGGAGGGAAGAUCCCGAUCCGGUGGACGGCUCCUGAGGCCAUCUCCUACAGGAAGUUCUCGUCAGCCAGCGACGCCUGGAGCUACGGCAUCGUCAUGUGGGAAGUGAUGUCAUACGGGGAGCGGCCGUACUGGGAGAUGUCCAAUCAGGACGUGAUCCUGUCCAUCGAGGAGGGCUACCGGCUGCCGGCCCCGAUGGGCUGCCCCGUGGCCCUGCACCAGCUCAUGCUGCACUGCUGGCAGAAGGAGAGGAAUCAUCGGCCCAAGUUCACCGACGUGGUCUCCUUCCUGGACAAGCUGAUCCGGAACCCCAGCAGCCUGCUGCCGCUGGUGGAGGACCUCCAGAGUCUAGCAGAGUCUCCGGGGGACGACAUGGACUACCCCAUGUUCAUCUCCAUCGGUGACUGGCUGGACUCCAUCAAGAUGAGCCAGUACAAGAGCAACUUCAUGGCCGCCGGCUACAACACGCUGGACUCUGUGGCCAGGAUGAGUAUUGAAGAUGUGAGGCGUAUCGGGGUGGAUCUGAUCGGCCACCAGAGGCGGAUCACCAGCAGCGUCCAGACGCUCCGCCUUCAGAUCCUCCACGAACAGGAGAAGGGUUUCCAUGUAUGAGGACGCCCUUUACCUGGACCUGGACCUCGACCUGGGAUGGACCGGCAGACGGACAGGAGGGCAGUGAGGUCUAGACCUUCAGACAGACAGACAGACAGACAGACGGUCUCCAGCCUGUCUGUCCCCUCAUACAGGAGGUCAGACAGACCACCACGGCAGACUGGUCCUGGUCUCCCUCACAUCCAGUAGGACCAGACUCUCUCCUAAUCCUAAUCCAGAACACCUGGACCCUGAUGGACUCCAGACCGACCCGGUCCUCACUGAGGGGAAUGUAAUGCCUUGUUGCAGCAACAGUUCUUAGUGUGGAGCAACAAUAUCUAGAGACGUAGAUUAAUCUACUCAACCUUCGGACUCUUUUUUUUCUCUCUCGGUUCUCUCUGAGUUUAUGUAGCUGCUAUCGGGUGUGCAAUCGAGAAGUAUUUAAAAAAUUAUCUUUUUUUUGGAGUUUGAUAAUUCAUCCUGGAGGUUUUAUUUGCUUUAGUUGACCCUGAAUCUCUCUCUCCAGAGAUUCUGCUACGCUAAUACUUGAAGAAAGACGUGAGAAGUAAAGUUACAGAGAUUCCUUGCAACAAUAUCUAGAGACGUAGAUUAAUCUACUCAACCUUCUGACUCUUUUUUUCUUGCUCUGAGUUCAUGUAGCUGCUAUCGGGUGUGCAAUCCAAGUAUUUAAAGAAGUAUUGUUUUAUUUUGGAGUUUGAUAAUUCAUCCUGGAGGUUUUAUUUGCUUUAGUUGACCCUAAAUCUCUCUCCAGAGAUUCUGCUACGCUAAUACUUGAAGAAAGACGUGAGAAGUAGAGAUUUCUUGAAUGUUUAAAAGUGUAUAGACAAUUAAUCGAUAAUUAUUAUCAUAACCUAAUAUCUAUAUGUGUGCAGUCCUGUAUGUGAAAGAUGCCCUAGUAAAUCUGGAUCUUAUUUAAGAUGUUUUAUUUAUUUAUUUAUUUAAGAUUUUUUUAUCCAAAUCAGCAAUAUUCAGUAUUAUGCAGUCGCCUCAGUAUCUCAGAGAGACGAAGACUUGUGCAAUGAGAGAACUCUUACCGAGGCUCACCAUGUUUCUAUCGUCACAUCUCAGCUUGAACCGGAUCCGUUGCCUUCAGAUUCAAACCGUACGAGUCUAUGAGAGAGUUUUAGCAACAAGUGUGCUCACAGUAAUAACCUGAUUUAUGAUUUCUGUUGGAUUGUGAAUGUCAAACAUUGCCUGAAAGUACACAAUCUCCACUGUCUUAACAUAUGAAUGUUCACAUAUAGCCAGGAGACUCAACAUGGACUCAACAUGGACUCAUGUGGUUCUGAUCUGGUUCUUCAGAGACUUUCUUCAUUAUUUUCUUUUUGCCUGCACACACACUAAUGCAGAGCACCUCUGGGACAAGUGGAUCCAAGAUGUCAGAGCGGAUCGUCCUGGUUCACUGGAUGGAUCCUGGUCUCUUCUUACAGUGUGUCAUGUUCAGGUGGUGGCAGUAUGGGGACCUAGUGAUGUGCCAGUGAAGCCUCAUCAACCAUUUUCAUUACUUCCUGAGUCCACUAGAUGGAGCUAUUGGUUGAAAGAAAAAGGCUUAAGCCAGUGGUUCCCAAACUUUUUUCUGCUGGGCCCCACUUUUGUAAAUAAAAAACUGUCAAACUGUCUUUCUCCGUGUUAUAAAUGAGCCUCAUAGUUGGAACAUAUCAAUAACAGAAGGUCGUAUUAAUUCCUACAGUCUUGUGUGCAGCUUUUUACACUGAGCAACUCCGUACACUAGUUUGUAGGAGAGUUGAGCAUUUUCAGGCACAGAAGCUGCUUUAGUAAAACACGACAGUUGACUUCACACUGUCAGAAGCUAAUAUUUUAGACACACAACACCCUGCGUCUCUCUUCAUUACCAUCGUUGGUGAAGCCGAGGCCAGAUAUGCCUCAUCAGAUUUUAUUGUCUUUGUUUUAACACUUGUGACAUUUGGUGUAGAUUCAUCUUCUGAUUUUCGUUUACCUGCUGUACUUACACAAACGUUCUCAUAAUUUGCUAGCUGGCUGUGAAGAAGGAAAAUGCAUCAUUUAUAUUUAGGCUCACCGCCCCCCUGUCAUGACUCCGGCCCCCCUAGGGGGCGCGCCCCCCAGUUUGAACACCACUGGCUUAAUCAAUGGUAACUGAGUGUGUUUUCAGCUCUUUGUUGAACAGAGAGCGCCAUCUAGUGGACUCAGAAAAUAAAGACAAUGGUUCGUGAAGCUCGUCACUAUGGGGACCGGUGUACAUAGAUGUGAAAUGACUGUCUGAACUGUUGGAUCUGCAGUAGAUGAUGUCAAGUUGUCGAGAUGUUUGCCAUUAAAAUCAACAUUAUUCUUCAUUCGCUAAGUCAGUGGUGAGUAGGCAGAGCUGCAGAUUAUAACUAGCUAGUUGAGUUAGGAGGGGGGGGGCAGCAAAAGUAGCUUAAACCUGGUGGACGGACCUGGUGAGAAGUAGUCGUAUAGGUGUGUAUGAGCAGGACAGAGAGAGACAGGACAUAAACAGCAGCAUCAUCACUCAUCAUGUGGCAUUCUACAUCAACCAGGAACCAACACACACACACACACACACACACACACACCAGGGAGGGGCGCUGGCUGUUUUCUGGUCUGACCGUCCAGUGGGGGGCAAGGCAAUGGCCCAGACAGAAGUUGUGUUUCUUCUUCAGGGAUCGAUAUGUUGUCACAAAACCCCAAAAAACAACAACAAUCAGUUAUCUCUGAUGCAUGAACUGACACUGAAAAACCCGGAGGACACACACACACACACACACACACACACACACAGACACACACACACACACACACACACACACUAGAAUGCCUUACAGUCUGUUCACCAUGCCAUACAGAAUAGACAGAACCGAAUUUGGGAAAACCCCUUCAGAAAAUGAGGUGGAAGGCAUUUUAAAAGUGUUUUCUUGGUUGUUCCUGUAGUAUUUUUUUGUGCUGAAUCCAUUUCUGCUGGAUGUCAAGCUGUAAAAGUUACGGUUUAGUCAUAAUUAUUGAUUAAUUACACUGUAAAAAUAUUUAUAGAAAUUACAGUAAAAAAUAAAAAUUUGCAUAUUACCAUAAUAGACACUUUUAAUUACCGUAAGUCAAGGAAUAGUACAAAACUUUUGAAAAUACACAGUUUUACUGUAAAAAUAUAAAAAUGUUCAUGUAAAAUUAAUGGAGAAAUACAAUAUUGUCACAAGGACACAAUGACCCUAAAAAUAAAGGGACUGCUCAGUCUAAAUUACAGUUUUUGCUGAUAUAUUUGCUGGUGAAGUUCUGGCAACCACAGCUGACGGUAUUUUACCGUAAAUUAAAUAGAUUUUUUUUUACAGUGUAGCAUAAUGGUUGAUUAAUCAACCAAUAUUAUAAAUGGCUAUAAUUUUCCAAUUUGUGAAUAUAUAAUAAAUGGUUGUCUGGUGUCAUUGUAAAGGAGCAUCCAUGGCUUUCAUUUAAGACCAAACUUUCUGACAAACACAGAGGUCACAUGACCCCUUUAACCAGAAAUUACACACAUUUUACCACAAUUUUCUCCUAAACUCUCUAGUUGAUGUGAUCCCUGUAGGAUCAAGGGACAUCAGGGGCCCAAAAACCAACAACUGCAAUACUUCAUAGACUCUGUCAGUUCAGGAGAAGAAUAAUAUACCCAUACUACUUCUUUGUGAGAGGUUAUUGUGAGCCUUAAAUUAGAAGUCAGUGGCUCAGGCCAGUUCACCUCCAUUCAUUCUUUGGAGCAGUUGGUCAGAAAGAUCCAACUUUGGGCUUCAAUGAGUCCAUGGAUCCUCCUUUACAAUGAGACCGUAACUUUUACAGCUUGACAUCCAGCAAAAAUGGAUUCAGCACAAAAAAUACUGUAGGAACAUCCAAGACUUUUAGCCCAAAAUGCCUCCAGAGUUCAGAGUUCUGUCUAGAAACACUUCAUGAAUUUCCUUCAGUCACAGAACCAGAACGUCAGUCUGACUGGUUCCAUGUUCUACUGCUGAGCUU